AUGGCUUUUGUGACUGCUGUUCUCCUCAUCUCCCAAUCAUCGCUCGCAUACGCUCAAACUCCCUCAAUCCCGGACAUAAACAGCCUACCCGUUCCCUUUCGCAUUGUCAUUGGCAUCAUAGUUGGCAUCAUUGUACUCGCCAUCGUCUCAAUGCUAAUUCGAUGUGUACGACGUUCAUCGGCCAACGCCUCCCGCCCUAGGCCCUCUACCGCGGUGUGGCAUGGCCCGCCUGCUCGCCCUAUGGCCAACAACUGUUCAAACCGACUUCCACCACAGCAACCCCGUACGAGCGUUUCCCAUCAGACACCAGCAGAGCCAUCGCGACUGCAUCAUUCCAGCGUUCCACCCUGGCUACGUGAUCAGCCCCAGGCUACCACCGAGUCAGCCCCUCCAAGCCAAUCCCUCACUGCUUCUUCCAGUUCCAACACUCAAAUGUCGGGUAACCCUCAAAUUUACUCUCCCGUACGUUCUUCCGGUCCCGAGCUGCCACCAUACGAGGAAUUCGAGGCAUCCUCGCAGCCACUCCUUCCGUCUAGUCAAGAUGCUCCCUCGCACGUCGUAAAUGAGGCGCCGUUACCUCCACUUCCUGCGCCUGCAAAGAGAGACCCGAGCCGCUUCGUUGGCGGCUUCAGAAUCGUCUGA